GGUUUGCAAACCCAUGAUCAGCCGUUAGGGUAUCUUCAAAACACUUUACGCCUCGUGCUGUCCAUAAAGACUUACUUCACCGGGUGGACGAGGGUCCAGCGGAAAUGUCGCGGGCAAUUCGCGGCAAGCCGCGCAAGGAGACGAAGGAGGAAGCCAAAGCUCGGAAGCUCCUCAACCGCGAAGCUCAUACCAAAGCUCGCUGGGCUUUCGUUGCGCUUCUCGUCGCCUUCGUCCUGGUGGUAGUAGUGACGGCGUUCAUAGCAAUGCGGCCCAUUCCGCCAGGAGAGGUCCUGCGGUCACGUAUCCGCAGGGGGCGGCGGCGUGCAGCCGCAGACGCUGCGUAAUGCAUGGCAUCAUGUGUCGAGAACUGGUGAGCUAUAUACUGCUCUCGGCGCUGGUAAUAUGCAUGGGCUGGCAGCUUGGCUGGUCGUGUCUUGCAGCUGCAUUUUGGGGCAUGUCGCAGUGUACUGACAAGAUAUGUGGUUGACAUGCUGACUAACGGACUGGACAUCCGUGUAUGUUGGGAGCAUUCUAAGCAAAGGGCAACAUUUUGGCUGUGGCAACCGGCACUGAAAUGUGCUGUUGGCGAAUAAGUAUACCGAAGGUGGAGUGUGUGUAGAGUGGCCUGGUGGAGUUGUGUGUGGAUUAAGUUCGUGGGGACGCUGUGGGUAUGGGGGUCAAUUCACGGUAGCCAUUGGGUGGCAGCUGCAGUUGCAGGUAACGGUAUGGCCUUUCCUGCUGCCUGUGGACUUGUCCAUCGUGUGCUGGCCCACCUGGGAAGGAGAAUUGCGCCCAGCACUGCAGGGAGGACUGGGCAGUGGACUUGUCCACCGUGUGUUGGCCCGCCUGGGAAGGAGAAUUGCGCCCAGCACUGCAGGGAGGACUGGGCAGUGGGAGGUCAUUUGCAGUUACUUACGUUUGCUAAUGAACGUGGGAUUUCCACAAGUGGGAAUAGGAAGGACAAGCAAGCAUGCAGUCGCCUUGCAUGCCUGCUCAAGGACCAAACGUGGUACCGGAUGGCGUAUGUUCAAUACUGUGGCAUGUGCCUCGGGCCCCUGGCUCCACGCUGACAUACUGGAAUUCCAGGGUGCUGUGAGCUACCGGAACUGAAAUUCACCAGUUUUAGGAUUGCGUUUACAACCACCCUAGGGGUGACCCCACAGUGGAUGGCCCCGUGACCCGUGUCCUGGACAUCCCGCGUAAGCCGUGGGACCGGCGUUCGACCAGCCGCGCGCUCAUGCACUGUUGCGUUGUCGCUGCGGGAAUGUAUGGGGAUGGCUGUGGGUUUCCUGCCGGAGGAGGCUCUAAGUGCCUUCUCUCGUGAGGAGUUGUGGUUAGUGCGCCCGCCUGCGGGGCUUGCGCCACCUGUGUGGGAUGUGGUGUGUCUCGCUGCUAUGUCUGCCCUGGACUUUGGUCGGCAGCGUGUGGUUAUGGCCGGGUUGGCGGCGCGAGCGAAGCUGCCGUCGGCCCGGGUGCUGAGCAUUGGACUUGCCGUCGUAGCUGACUUCUGGGGUCGUCUCCAGACGUUUGUGACUUUGGGUAUCAGGCCAAAGGGUUGGGACGCUGUGCCGUUUGCGCAUCCUUUCAUAUCUCGGGCUGUUGGUGACGGCAUGGUUUUGCGCUUGCCGUAUGACGCUGCUUCCCCGCCUCCCUCGCCGUAAGAGGUUGUGCGUGGUUGGUGGCUUUGUGUGUGGGCAGGAUGCACGUGUGGGCGACCGUUCUCGUACCUGGACGCUUGCGCCCUGGUUAGUGCGUGCGCUGUGCGUGUGUCCUGCGGCCUAGACGUUUCCCGGCACUCCUGUGCCUAGGCUUGUGACGUUGAGGCACAGCGGUGGGGCUCUGGCGGGUUGAGGCUUGGCUAGGACUCACUGUGCGCGAAGUCACACGGACUUUGCCCGCGGGAGGGUUUGCAGCAAAGUCGGGGUUGGUGGAGUCAAGUUGGGCCCUGAUAGCAUGUGAUGGCUCGGCGUCUUCGGGUGCUGGGACUGUCCCCUCUGUAACAUCCGCAUUCA